UCCGCAACCCCACCGCCGCCAGCACCAUGGCCAGCACCGUGUCCGCCUACAAGAAGAUGAAGGAGCUGUCGGUGCUGUCACUCCUCUGCUCCUGCUUCUAUUCACAGCCGCACCCCAACACCGUCUACCAGUAUGGGGACAUGGAGGUGAAGCAGCUGGACAAGAGGGCCUCCGGCCAGAGCUUUGAGGUCAUCCUCAAGUCCCCUUCUGACGUGUCCCCGGAGAGUCCCAUGCUCUCCUCGCCCCCCAAGAGGAAGGACACCUCCCUGGAGGAGCUGCAGAAGCGGCUGGAGGCAGCUGAGGGGCGGAGGAAGACGCAGGAGGCGCAGGUGCUGAAGCAGCUGGCGGAGCGGCGCGAGCACGAGCGCGAGGUGCUGCACAAGGCGCUGGCGGAGAACAACAACUUCAGCCGCCUGGCCGAGGAGAAGCUCAACUACAAGAUGGAGCUCAGCAAGGAGAUCCGCGAGGCGCAUCUGGCCGCGCUGCGUGAGCGGCUGCGCGAGAAGGAGCUGCACGCUGCCGAAGUGCGCAGGAACAGGGAGCAGCGGGAGGAGACGUCCGGCUAA